AUGGAGGGCGUUCAGUCUGUGGAUGUGAGCUGGCUUCAUCAUUCACAGAAAGGCAAGUCGCAAGUCCCGUUCGAUCAUCUUUCGCGCACAAAGUCAGUCUCGUCGACGAUCAGCGACAAAUCUUCCGCUGAGAGAGACUCGACAACCGCAUCCUCAAACUCGCACCGACGAUCUCGUUCCAAUAGUAGUCCCGCUCACCCGCCAUCCCCAGACAGAUUGGAAUCGACGCGAGAACACCAGAAUGACGCAGGCAAGGCAGGCAAGGCAGAGGAUAACUUGCAGGCUGACGAGAAGACUGCAUUUUCGCCGAAGCAACCGUCCCCUAAUCCGUCUCCGGCUGUGCAGAAGAGUAACCCCAAGCCGGUCGGCGGGCGGCGAAAUUCAUGGAUAUCCAGUCUGAGCUCGAAAUUUUCCUCCGGAUCGACACCUCCAUCCCAGUCCAGUCUCAAGGCCAGUCCCGCGAGUCCCAAGGCAACCUCCGCACUCGACGCCCAUAACCCAUUCGGCGCGGCCUAUUCGCCGAAGGACCGGGAGGACGAGAAGAAUGAUGACCCCGGCCCUUACACGUCUACGUCGCCUAAGGGCCCCUCCUUCAUCCAUAAUGCGUUGCGCAAAUUAUCGUCCAACUCGGGUGGGCUCCCCAAGCUACCACACAAUGGCGUGGUUUGCCCGCGGCGGGUAAUGAAUCUCGACCAGACUCGAGACCGGUGUAGGAUUACGGAAUUGAACCAAGCGAAGUUGAACCGCGUGGCAUUCUGCGUCGACGUGGAGAUUGCUGGCAUUUCGCAUCGGGAUUCUGAUGAGGAUGCGCCCCCAACGAGCCAACUGCGACAGUCUCUACCCGAGUCCAAUCGCCAGAAGUCGAAAAAGACCGGUGUCAACCAAAAGAGUAAGGAUGAGGCUGGGGCCCUGAAAACCCCACAAAGCGCAGUGGCCGAGAAAGAAGCGCCAGCCUCAGCGAUUCCUCAAGAAACCAGCUCUCCCGAUGCUCAGUCGAAGACCGCUACACCCGAAACUACGAUCCCUGCAACUGAAACUACGAUCCCUACAACCGAAACCACGACUCCUAAAACCGAAAUUACCGCCCCUACAACUGACACGGCUACUUUGAACCCGCCCGCUGAUGCAAAGCCUAAUGGAGAAGACAAGGAUCCGACGCGGAAACAGGAGAAGAAGAAGCGAUCGGAAGAAGAAAGAAGAGAACGCAAAGAACGCAAGCGCAGACAAGCCGUAGCCAACGGCUCGGUACCGUUACAGCUUGAUGGAGAGAACGACGAGGACGACAGUCGUGCCCCGGCUGCUGGAGUUCCUCGCUCGAAGACUCAAAGUCACCCCACCACAGAUCCAGUGCGCAUUUAUCGUCGCUGCUGCCAGCUGCGUGAAACGCCAGUUCUCAAGAGAAUUGUUGACGAAAUCUCAUCGCCUUCCUCCACGCUGGCUGAGUCUCCUGGUACUGUCGCAGCUCUGGACCUCAGUAACUUCCCGAUGACCUCACAAGAUAUCGCAACAUUCAGCGAUUGGCUCGCAAUUGUGCCUGUCCGCAAGCUUAUCCUCGAGAGCUGCGCAUUGACAGAUGACUCUGUGCGAGCCAUUCUUUCAGGACUCCUCUCUACCAAGACGGUAGAGCAGAUGCGAUACCGGCGGAGACGAACCCGGAGGAUAGAAUCACCGGUGGUUAAGGAUGGGCGGUGGGGUGUUGUGGAAAAGCUUUCGCUUAAAGAUAAUCCAAAAAUAGGGCAUGAAGGGUGGCGCCACAUUGGUCUCUUCAUCCACCUGUCCAAAUCCCUGAAGGCUAUUGACCUGUCGGGUAUUCCUUUCCCCAAGCCUCGAACGUCAUCCGAUGGCUCUACCGGCUCUACGGGACAGUCUCGGACGCCCGCUGUUGAUAUUUGCUCUAUUUUUGCCGAUGCAUUGGCGGAACGCUUUGGUGGCGAGCACCUCGAAGAGUUGUUGCUGAGCGAAUGCAAACUUUCUGUUGAUCAAGUCAAGAAGAUUUGUGUUGCAGCUACCAAAGUGGGAUUGCGAAGACUCGGCCUUGCCAACAAUAGUCUCACGCGAGAGGGCCUGGAGCAUGUGAUUGAGUACUUCAAAGAUGGGCAGUGUGAAGGACUGGACUUGGGAGGAAAUCCCAUCAAGGACGAUCUCGAUCUCAUCGUGGAUGCCAUUGAGCCCGAGCAGCCUCUUUAUGCCCUAAGCCUGGCCGAUUGCUCCUUGACCCCGUCUGUGAUCUGCCCAUUGCUUCAAGCCCUUACUCGGCUUCACAAUCUUCGCUUCAUGGACGUUUCCCACAACCCCGAGCUGUUCUCUUCGCUACCGAAUUCCCUUGGAGCAUUCCGGCGCUUCCUGCCUAAGAUGUCUUCUCUCAAGCGCAUCCAUCUUGCAGAUGUUGACCUUUCCCCAGAUCACGUCAUCGGUCUGGCAGAAGUUCUUCCAGAGUGCCCUAGUCUUUGCCACCUGAACAUUUUGGAGAAUCCUCAGAUUGCCGCAGUGGCUUCUAGCACGGAUGCCGCUGCCCAAGAAGAGGCAUGUGCGGUAUACGCUUCUAUGAUGGCUGCAGUGCGCGUCUCGAAAACAAUCAUCGCGGUGGAUAUCGAAAUUCCUACCGCGGAGAACAAUGAGGUCGUUAAGGCUUUGGCAUCUCAAAUUGUGGCUUACUCCCUUCGAAAUCUUGAGGGUGGUGCUAUUGCAGAGGAACUUUCUGAAUCGAUUUCCUCGCCUCCCGCUAAGGAUGUGCCUGUGCCUGAGAUCUUGCAACAUAUUGUCGGACACGCAAACGGACUUGAAGAAAUAUUUGUUGAGGAAGAUGACGCAGCUCCUGACGAGGACUAUGUAAUUGGCGGCACGGGCGUCGUGAAGGCACUGGGAGUCUGUCUUGGAAACUUGAACCAAGAUGGCCGCGAUGCUUUUGGGGAUCAGUCAGCUCCUCCCAGUGGUACUACGACACCCAGACGCCGCAAGUCUCGAGGCGUGGUUCAAAAUCGGCCUCGUGAUAUGUCAAAGAACUUGCUGGAAUCGGCGCGGAAUAUUAGAGCUCGGAUUCAGUCGGCUCUUAUUCGCGAGGACCGGGCUGGCAAUGAUGCGAACCACCGGCGCCUGCAAUUUUUGGACUUUACUCUGCAUAGGAUGAUUCAGCGAUUUGAGGACGAAUACCCCGAAACCCGUAUUCAGCCCCAGCCUGCUCCCGCAUCCACCGCUCCCGACAACGCCUCACAGCUCUCUGGUGAGGAUGUACAUGCUCACAGCAUUGUUGGUAACCUAAACGGUAGUGUUCUGGAUAACGAAAAUGCGGUCGACGACGAGGAAACCGACCACUACGCUAUUCAUCUCUCUCGCACCAGUUCCAUGACCUCCCUGCAUGCCCGCGCCAUGACCUCGGAAGAGGGCCACGUUCACCGAUUAGGCCAGAACAUCCGCCGCGACUUCCUCAACCCCCCUCUUAGCCAAGGGGAUCCCGAUAAUGACGACGCUGCACACCUUGUGGCUCUGCGAGAGAAGCUUGAGCGUCUGCAUGAACAACAGGCCCAAUCGCCCUUCGAUAGUGCGGAAGCCGAACAAGCAUUUGAAAAGCUCGGAUCUACUGUCGAUGAGCUCUGGGCGGCUCAGCGCCAGGACGUGGAAGGCUUCGAGCGAUUCAAACAGUCCCAAAUUAUGGCACAGAUUAACAGUGGUCUUCGCCCAAUGAAGGACACCAGCGACAACGCUCAGCAGAGCCCUGAGAGCAAGUCGCCCCCGUCUUCUUAA